GAUCGAGCACGUAUUACUGUAAUGUUGGCAGCAAACGCAACUGGAACUGAAAAAUUAAAGCCAAUAGUUAUUGGAUCAUCUAUCGAACCUCAUGCUUUAGCACAACUUGAUAGGAAGUUUCGUUUGGAAAAUCGGCAUAUUUUGUUGUUAGUUGAUGGUGCAACAAGCCAUUAUAAUCCUAAUGAAGAUAAUGAUUCUAAUGAAAAUAGUGAAGAAGAUAUGUUAGAAUCUGAUAAAGAAUUAAACAGUGAAGAAGAAUCAGAAAGUGAAAGUUUGAAUAAUGAAGAAAGUUAUGCAAGCUCAUCUAGGAAUCCUAUUCGACGUAGCUGUAGCCACCCAAGGUUAAAUGUUAGUAAUAUAAAUAAACAAAGUAGACGAAAUUCUCGUAGUCCUUCUUGUAGUAGCAAGGGUCAUCGGGGCCAUGCUCGUCCUUAUAGACUUCCAGAACCUACUGAAACACCUUUGACAAAUAUUCGGAUUGAGUUUUUACCACCUCAUACUACCGCUUAUCUCCAACCAAUGAAUGCAGAAUAUGAAGAAGGCGAUGCCAGUGAUACUGAUGAGGAGCCACCUGAAGUUCUUGCCGCAGAAGGAUUAAACAGUUUAAAAAAAUUUGUUGAUUUUUUUGAACAACAAAAAAGUGAUGAUUUCAAGGUAGAAGAUUUGAAGGUUUUCAGGAAAUACGUGUCAUUAAUGGGAAGAAAAUAUGUAGAAUCAUUGAAGCAAAAAUCAAUUUCUGACUUUUUCUUACCU